GGCAGAUCGAGAAGCUGCAGAAAGUCGCCUCGAUUGCGCGAAUAUCUGCAAGCGAGCGGAGCUUUUUCUCCGCCGAUGAGGAGACAACGCUACGAGCGUUUGUUCAGCAGGUUGCCCGCGAAGUGAGAGUGGACCUUGCGGCGCGCAUAAUGGAGGACCACACUGGCGAUACGGGGUUGUUGAAGCAGGGCCGAAAGAUAAGACCUCUUCAACCGGUGCGCGAAGCCGCGGGCACGUCGGAAGAUCUAUCUGCAAGAGGCAGCGCUGGCGAGCGAGAGGGGGAAGAAAAAACAAGUGACGCAGAGCAGAGCCACGAAGCAGCGGCAGCAGAGAAUGCAAAUAAUGGAGGCUUUUUCGCUACAGAGGACGAUAAAUUUUGGAGUUCUUCGGAGGGCAGCACGACAGGUUUCUUUGAUAGAGCAGCGCAGGACGGCAUGAUGCCGAUGGAGCAUGAGGUUUCCACUGACGCCGGGAAAGCGGCACAGCGCGAAGCGGGAGCUCUAG